AUGAUCUUGCCAGAAUUCACGCGAUCAUGUGUCCAUAGACUUGCAAGCAGCCUCUCUUUCAAACUAAUUAAUACUUUCUUUCUUUUUUGUUGUUUCUUUCGCUCUUUUCUUUCUCAUCAUUUCUUUUUCUCUUUUGCUCAACCUUUUGUUCAGUCUCUUUAUUUCUCUAUUUCUUACAUUGCUCUUUCUUUCUUUCUUUCUUUCUUUCUUUCUUUCUUCUUUCUAUUAAUUUUCCAUUUCUCUCUUCGCUCUUCCGUUUUUCUUUCUUUAUUUCUCUUUUAUCCGUUUAAUAAUUCUAUACAUCAGAUUGUAUCUCUCUCUCUUUCUCUUUUUCUCACUUCCACCUGCUUAUCAAUCUUUAAGUCAUUUUCCUCUCUUACUACCUCCCUUUUUAUUUCUCUCUUGCUUCUUUUACCUCUCUUUCAAUUUGACCUUUUUUUACUUCUUUUUUCCCACACACAUUUUACAUCCCUAUUCUCUUUAGUUUUAUUCCAUUGUCUGAGCCACUCCUUCCUUCUUUUUUUUUACCACCGUCUCUUUCUUUAUCUUCUUUUAGAAAAGGACAACUUCCUGUUCCAAAAAUCCCUAUCUAUCUAUCUAUCUAUCUAUCUAUCUAUCUAUCUAUCUAUCUAA